GGCUAGAGGUAGUGUAUGAUUGCAUGUAAAAUCUGAGACCUGUCGCACUAUGUCUGCAACCACUAAUUUCUUCAAGACGGCUUCUGCUGAGGAAUGGACAAAAGUUCUUAAACUCUACAACCAUGUCCUGAAUCUCAAGGCUUCUAAGAUCCAGAAACCUGGUGGGAGCAAGAAUUUGCUGGACCUUGACAAGUGGUUUCAAACAGAACUUUCACAGUCGAUACAAGGAAGGAAAGAAAGAUACAUCACACAUGGGGAGUUAACAAAGCUUAUGAAGUGGAAAUUGAGUAGAGGAAAGUUCCGACCCAGAUUGACUGAAAUGGUCCAGACCAAUAGCCCUGACCUUGUUGAGAAGUCUAGCCGACAAGCCUUCAAGAAGCUACCCAAUGUAGGUGCUGCCAUCAAAGAAUUGAUUGUGCUGAAGGCAGUUGGUCCAGCAACAGCAUCAGCCGUGUUAGCAGCAGGAGCUCCUGAACAUGCCCCAUUCAUGGCAGAUGAAAGUAUGUUGGCUAUUCCAGGCCUGUCCCCACUGGCUUACACAGAAGCUGCUUAUAAAAGAUAUGCAGUAGAGGUUCAAGACUGUGUGAAGAGACUCAAAAAGGAAGAUCCCUCCGGAGAGUGGACCCCGCAUAAAGUGGAACUGGCCCUAUGGACCCAUUACAUGGCUUGUAAGCUAGACCCAUCUGUACUAGAAACGAAAAAUGGACCAUCUAACAAGAGGAAGAGCACUGGAGAUGGAGAUGAAGAAAAACCUAGAAAGAAAUGAAAAUGAUUGAUCCCAUGGUCCUACUUCAAAUCAUUCCCACCCAGAGUGUCUAAUCAUGGUUACAAUGCUGCUACAGGGGGAGAACUAAACUGUUACUUGCUUGUGAUAAAGCACUUUAACAGUACUUUUUGUACCUCAUAUCUUAGUACGAACCCCACUCCGCGUGUUUCAGUUGCCUUCUGCAUUAUUUUCCCAUUGUUUUGUAGUACAAUAAAUAGUAGAUGGGAGGAAUUAGCAAAGAAAUAAUGCUGAGUGACGUUCCCAUAGAAAGACCUGGGCCCCUUUUCAUAAAAGUUGUUACAAUUCAAAGCUACUGAAAUCCAUCAAUUUGAUUGGCUGAUAGUAAACUUGUUGUAGAAAAUUGUCUAUUUGUUAUUGUAACAAAUCUUUAUAAAAUGGGACCCUGGUCCUGGCUUCUGUUAUGAUGGCUUAAACCAUCUGGGCCUGUUAACAGAAAGGUUUACAAUUAAACACAAGUAUGAAAGAAUUACUCUAAUUGGUUCCUGGUCAGUGAUUUGAAUAAAUGAACAUGAUUAGCCAAUAGCCAUUAAGUAAUUGAUUGUAAACCUUUAUUUACAUAGCCCUAGAAUCAUGAUAGUGAUGAAACUUACCACAAAAAUCAGUCUUUGUAAAAGCAUUAGAUUUGUUAGGGUUCAAAGUUUAUUUAUGAUCAGAGGAUUUUUCAUCCUCCAAAUUUCUUACCGGUACUUCUUUUCUGUCAGUAUUGAGUGCAUCAGACAAAGAUCAAUAAUUCAGUAUGUUGCCAAAUAAUGAACAUUUGAUGUGCCAUGUGAUUCAACUUUUUCUCUUGUCGGGUCUUUAUACUAAAAGUCCUAAUGGUCGUUUCGUGAUAGAUGAUCGCAUGUGACUCACAUGUGAUCCUCUAUCACAAAACGACCAUUAGGACUA